AUGGUUUCCGGUAACCCUCGCGCUCCACCACCGCCUUCAUGUGCUUUCGAAGAGUUUCUCUUGGGUCUGACUGCGGAGAGCAUCACCGUGCGCCUCCUGCAGAUUAUUUCAAUGAAUAACCAUUGCUCGAGGUUCAGCUAUAUCAUUUCUGAUGUUCAUUCUCUGACAACGACAAUAUCGCUGAAAAUGGAGAUCCCUGAGACUGCUUGGAAGGAUGAUCCUCACAGCACUCUUCUUGCUAUGCAUCAGCAAACAUCUUCCUCAAAAUAUCAGAGUUUUCAGCGUUUUACCAUCACAAAGAGGAGAUUUGAUCCUUGA